AUGAAGACCAUAGCAACGAUCGUUAUUGUAUUCGCUGUGGCUAUCGCCACGGAAUCAAAAAUGGAACCGAAAAAACAUAAACGUGGUGUUGCAUUGUUUGGUCCACCUGGUUACGACGUUUUUGGGGUUGUACCAGCUUACGGUGCAACUGCUUGGGCACCUACCAGUUUUGCUAGUGGCCCAUGGAACUCUCAAAUUUCUUCUGAUCUUGCUCUUGCACAAGUUCAAGCUCAAGAGACCCAUAACGUUGCACUACAAACUUUGAAAGAUCCAUCACCGGGAACUCCAAGUAUUGCUUAUCCACCGGAAGUUGUGAAAGCGAUUCAACAAGCUAAAGAAGCUAAUCACAACGUUUUGGUUGCUCAACAAAGAGUUGCUGAGGCUAAAGAAGUUGCAGUGGUUCAACAAAAGAUUGCACUUGGUAAAGAAGCUGCUGCUAGAGAAGCUGCUUUGAGAUCACAAGAAAUUUCAUCGCAUGCCCAGGGAGAAGCAAGAGCCAGCGCGAAACAGUUAGUCGCUGCUCAACAGAGACUGGCAACCUUGAAAGAUGCUGUGGCUGCUGCACAACGGGUUGCAGCCGCAAGGGAAGCUGCUGCGGCUGCUGCUAUUCAGAGAAAUGCUGCUGACACUGCGGCUGAACUUAGAAAACAAGAUGUUGACAAGCAAAUCUCCCAAAGCGAACAAGAAGCCAAGGAAAAGGACAUUGUCGCAGCAAAAGAAAACGCAGUAGCAAAUGCAGUUGAAAAUGCAGCAUUUGCAAAAUCCGUACACCAUCCCUGGGGUUGA